GGUAGCCGGAGGUGAGGAAGACGUGAGGAUGCUCAUAAUGAUUGAGGCCAUAGCACCAGCCCCGCCCGUCCUGGACCUUGGCAAGUCGUAUAUAAAGGACGCCUUUGCCUGGUACCAGCAGACAGCUCCUCUUUGGUGGGUCAACAUGAACGCUCUGACUGUACUUUUUAUUGCGGCUGCGGCGGCAGGCAGCAGCGGGCAGCUCCUAGGUUACUCUGGCUUAUUUGGCGCCUACCGUAAUGUGUUUGGCGUCUAUCCUGGUGUGUAUGGCGCCUACCCUAGUGUGUAUGCCGCCCACCCUAGUGUGUAUGCCGCCCAUCAUGGGUUCCUUCCUACAGCUUCAAAAAUCACUCUCAAGACUGUGUCUCCAGCACCUCUGACGUAUAACGUAGCUCCGUUCGCCCCUGUGGCUCCCGUCCAGUCCCAGUACCACGCCCAAGACGAAUUGGGACAGUAUUCCUUCGGCUAUUCUGGUGGUCCUUCUUCCCGGGCUGAGACUCGUGACGCCUUCGGCAUCGUCCGCGGGUCAUACAACUAUGUAGACUCUGAUGGCAAGAUACAGACUCAGAGUUACGUGGCAGAUGCCAACGGCUUCCGUGUGGCCGGCACUAAUCUGCCCGUGGCCCUCGAUGAGAGUCCUGAACCAGUUCAGGAUACUGCUGAGGUUGCUGAGGCUAAGGCUGCAUUCAAGAAAGCUUACGAUGAGGCCGCAACUGCUGCAGCUGCCGCUCCAGACUCCCGCAAGAAGCGUUCAGUCCCUGUCGCUUCUACCUUCGGAACCUACUCUCCUCUCAGCUUUUACUAUCGAUUCUCUACUCCACUGACCUACUCUCACCCAGUUGUCGUAGGUUCUCCUCUCACCUACAGAUCAUCUCUGCCUAGUCUUACCACCUACGGGGCUGCCCCCGCCAUCACCGCCUAUACUGGUACCCACACCCUCGGGUACGCUGCUGCCGCUCCUGCUGUUGCUGCCCUCCGCAAGGGUGUGCUCCUCCGUGUUGAGAACAACCCUGGUCAUGCUGUCUCCUACCGCGUGGACUGCAGCUCCUCCUUGUGGUUCAACAUGAACGCUCUGACUGUGUACAUCACCGGGGUACUUGCAGUUUGCUGUGGGGCACAGCUAAUUGGCUACCCGGGAGCGGCACCCUUCUUAGGAUAUGGGAAUUUCCCUUUUGGCUUGUCUGCUGCCCCGGCUCCUGUGCCAUACACCGCAUCACCUUACAAUCCUUUAGUAUAUAACCCAGGACAGUAUGCUCCUGUGCAGUCCCAGUAUCACGCCCAGGAUGAACUUGGCCAAUAUUCCUUCGGCUUCGCAGGAGGUCCCUCAAAUCGUGCUGAGACACGUGACGCCUUCGGCAACGUUCGUGGGUCUUACAACUACGUGGACUCUGAGGGAAAAGUACAGACUGUGAGUUACGUGGCAGAUGCCCUUGGCUUCCGUGUCGCCGGCACCAACCUACCCGUGGCCCCCGCCUCUCCUGAGGCUACACUCCCAGGUCCCGUGCCCGAACCCGUCCAAGACACUCCUGAGGUUGCCGCCGCUAAGGCUGCCUUCCAGGCCGCUUACGAUGAGGCCGCAGCCGCCGCCGCUGCUGCUCCAGAAACCCGCAAGAAACGCUCGGUUGUGGCUGCCCCAGCUCUCGGCGCAUACCCUUCCCUAGGCUUCUAUCCUUGGUCCUUCGGCAUCGCUCCUACCGCCUACUCAGCUGCUGUUGCAGCCCCCGCCUCCGUCCCUGCCCCCGCCUUCCGAGAAGCUUCACUCCUUCGUAUUGAAAACAAUCCUGGUCAUGCUGUUUCCUAUCGCGUUGAUUAAGAGUUGUAGAGCAGGUAGGCCCGUGGCUGAUCUCUUGGUACUAAUUUUUUAUGCAAAUAACAGUUCUCACUACUUGUGUUGCUACAGGUAAAAUAUAUAAGAAAAAUCAUCAACUCAGGAAAUCGUAAUAAUACGAUUG